UUUGACGUCAUAACCUGUGAUAGUUACUCACGAAGUUAUAAGUGUUACCAGUAUUUAUUUGGAUUUCUGUGCCUUGCUCUCCGUUGUAUACUUGUCUAUAUAUUUAAAUAUCGCACGGGAAAGACAAAAAACAACACAAAAUGGAUGAUAUGAUGUUCCAGUUGAAGUUUACUACCAAGCAGCUUGAGAGGUUGGCGAAGAAGGCUGAGAAAGAUCAGAAAAUCCAACAGAAUAAAGUCAAGAAGGCUCUGCAGCAGAAGAAUGUAGAGGGCGCUAAGAUAUAUGCGGAGAACGCCAUCAGGAAGAAGAACGAGGGCCUCAACUAUCUGCGGUUUGCGGCCCGUGUUGAUGCAGUGGCGUCCAGGGUGCAGACGGCUCUCACCAUGAAAGAGGUGACCAAGAACAUCGCAGGUGUAUCCAAGGCUCUGGACAAAGCAAUGCAGUCUAUGGAUCUGGCCAAGGUGGAGCAGAUUAUGGAGAAGUUUGAGAAGCAGUUCGAGGACCUGGAUGUCAGAAGUUCGACUCUGGAGAACUCCAUGGGCAAUGCAAUGACCUUGACCACUCCCGAAGACCAGGUCCAGGCCCUCAUCCAUCAGGUGGCUGACGAGAACGGUCUCGAGAUGGUGGACCAGCUGAACGACCUCAACCCAACCACAGCUUCCAUACGGUCCGGGGCCUCCGCGGAACAGAGCAAAGAGGACGAUCUCUCGAGAAGGUUACAAGCCCUGCGGAACUGAUUUUGUUAGUGUACUGUGUAUAUAUAGAAGUCCAUGCUACGUCAUCUCAGCAACGUCACCUUGCAGCUGCAACAACGUGUGUCUAUCUUGUCAACAAGCAACUUCUCAUGUCAGCUAUUUCCAGCAGAACUACGUGGCCUGGAAUCAGAGAUGGCGAGUUUUGUAAACUAUAGAUUAAUAUGGUUCCCAAUGCAUACUUCUAACACCAGAAUCAUGAAGUGUAUUCUCUGUAUACUCAAAGUGUAAAAUAUUUGUUGUGUCAAAACGAGUUUAUACAUGGUAUAUGUAUAUUAUGCAUGUUUUUGUUAAUUUCCCACGUUUAUGUACAUGGAAUAUGAUGUUGUUGAUUUUACAGUAUUUCACUUACACAAGGCUAGAUAACCUCGCUGUGCCUGAAACACAUUCUGUCUUUCAGAGAAAUACUUCAUUUUCACUAAACUAAAUAAAUAUACUUCAUGGUGAGUCAGUUUCAAAUUAUGCUAUAUUUUUAGCAAAACUGACAUAGAAUAUUUGCAGUGUUUUUGUUUGUAUUUUGAUUCUGUCAUUUUUUGACAAUGAAUGGUCCCUUGUAUGUGUAGCUGACAUGCAUUUCAUCCAUGACUACUGUAAAACGGAUUUAAUCAACUCUUAGUUUGUUAUAACUGUAGUUUGUCAUACGCAUUUUGACUAAAAUGUACAGCAAGUGGCCAGGCGAAAAAAAGAAACAAGUUUUUUAGGUUAUAUCCGUAGGUUUAUUAGGUGUAAAUGUAGGUUACAGUAUUUAUCAAGUUCUUUCAUUUUGAAAGCAAUCAUGGUUUCAACAUCAUUCUUUUUGUCAGUGCUCACACCUUUCCUAUUAUGUUUUCACGAGGUAUUUUCACCAUCAAUAUGUAAGUUAAUGUUAAAAAUGUCAAGUUGUGUAAUGUCAGGGUAGUAAACUUUAAUUUCAUUAUCUGUAGAAUUUCAUCAGUUUUGUGGGGAUUUGCCAUGCACAGAUGAUCAAAUAUGUCACUCUUGGCAACCAUCACUACAUCAAAAACAAAAUGCACAUAUGCU